AUGCGAUACUUGUCAACCCGGGGCGGGGAUGAGCUACUCUCUUUUGAAGAGACGGUCCUCACCGGGCUCGCACCAAACGGCGGGCUCUACAUCCCGGAGCGCAUCCCUUCUCUCCCAGAGAACUGGCAGACGCGGUGGCAGAACCAUUCCUUCGUCGACCUAUCGGUGGAGGUUCUGUCACUCUACAUAUCCCCCGCCGAGAUCUCGCGCGCGGAGCUCCGCGCGCUCGUCGAGAAAUCGUACCGUACGUUUCGUCACCCCCAAGUCACGCCCGUGAAGAAGCUGGGUGCGCGGAUGUACGUCUUAGAGCUGUUCCACGGGCCCACCUUUGCGUUCAAGGAUGUCGCUCUCCAACUGCUGGGCAACCUCUUCGAGUUCUUCCUUGUACGGAAGAAUGCGCGGAAAGACGCGGCGGAGAAACUGGACAAGCUCACGGUCGUUGGUGCUACCAGUGGGGACACAGGAAGUGCUGCCAUUUACGGAUUGAGGAAUAAGGCCAACAUCUCCAUCUUCAUCCUCCAUCCGAAGGGCCGGGUAUCCCCGAUACAGGAGGCACAAAUGACUACGAUCACCGAUGCGAAUGUGCACAAUAUUGCGGUGAAUGGCACUUUUGACGAUUGCCAGGACAUUGUGAAAGCGCUCUUCGCCGACCACGUCUUCAACAAGAAGCACCGGCUCGGUGCCGUGAACUCAAUCAACUGGGCGCGCAUUCUCGCGCAGACCGUCUAUUACUUCCUCUCUUACUUUCGCCUCCGCGCGCUGCUGGGGGGCAGCUCAGAUUUCGAGCUGCAGUACGUGGUUCCGACGGGCAAUUUCGGCGACAUCCUCGCAGGGUACUAUGCGAAGCGCAUGGGGCUCCCGAUGGGCCGUCUCGUCGUCGCGACGAACGCUAACGACAUCCUCACUCGCUUCUGGCAGAGCGGCGCCUACGAGAAGGUCGACUCGUCUGUAGCGAGCGGCGGGGCGUCGGACGGGAAGCAGGCGACGGCGGCGUACGGCGUGAAGGAGACGCUCAGCCCCGCGAUGGACAUCCUCGUCUCGAGCAACUUUGAGCGGCUGCUCUGGUACCUCGCAUACGAGGAUCCGGCGCUGGCGCAGGAGAACCUGUCUGCAAAGGAGCAUGUGCGCGCGGCGGGCGCAACGGUCGACGGAUGGAUGAAGAAGGUGAAAAGCGACGGGCGCGUGAAGGUGCCGACUGCUGUGCUCGAGCUCGCGCAGAAGGAUUUCCUCGCGGAAAAGAUAUCGGACGCUCAGACGCUGGAGACAAUUCGGUUCUAUUAUGGCUCGAAGCCUUCGUAUGUCGCAGACCCACAUACCGCGGUCGGGCUGUCCGCCGCACGUAUCAUCGCGCCACAAAACCCACCCUCCACCGUGCAAGUCGUCCUCUCCACCGCGCACCCUGCUAAAUUCUCCGAAGCGGUCACCCGCGCGCUCGACGGCUCCGCAGGUUUCGACUUCGCGCGGGACGUCCUGCCGGACGAAUUCAAGGGCCUGCUGGAACGCGAGCGGCGGGUAAUUGAUGUUCAGUCCCCCGAUGUGGCUCUGGUGAAGAAGGUUAUUGAGAAGUUCGCGGGAGAUGAAAGUCCUGCGGAGGCUUUUGGAGGAAGCGUGUAG